GUGCCCUAAAGGACUGAGACCAAUGAAGGAUGGAAGUGGUUGUUUUGAUUAUUCCAGAGGAAUUGACUGUUCAGAUGGAUCCAAUGGUGGCUGUGAACAACUUUGCUUGCAACAAAUAGUUCCUCUCCCAGAAGAACCACACGAGAGUGCUAUAUACAUGUACUGUGGGUAAGACAGGAAAAUUAACAUAAAGAGUAGUGAUAGACCAAUGAGGGAGUGGGUUGAGGAAUUAUUUAGAAAAUAAGUACAGAUACAGGUAAAAUGUAGGACAGUAGUAAUGCAAGAUGGACAGAGAGAGCAAUCCAGAAGUAAAAAGCAAAGCCAACAGACAUGUACCCUGUAGUGAUCUGCAUGCAACAUAUAAUAAACUUUGCCACUGGUUUAAAAUACCUGAGCAUCACUAAGUAUUUUCUCUCAGAAACCAAUAUUAAGUAAAUAAACCGACUGGUUUGAAUGCUGUCUACAUUUAUUUUUAUUUCAUUUAUUCCACAGAUUGUGAGUGGUGCAAUAAUUAGAAAGUUAGGCAUCAGCAAAUGUGCAUAAAACAGUGAACAAAAAGUUAGAAUGUUCUUUUUUUUUUUUUUUUUUUUUAUUAGCCCCUAUAGCCCUGACUAGACAGGAACAAGAAGAUUAUAAUAAGGUGUCGGUAAUGUAAAUGCAGAUUAAAAAAUAAUUAUUUCCAGGCAGUAGCUAGCAAUUUGGAUACUCUACAGUGAUAUCUCUCAGAAUCACUAUCAAAAUACCAAUUUGAAUCUGAUAAAUAGGAACCAGCCUCUCGAGGACAUCUUGUGAAUUGAUUACAUUUAAAUCUGAUGGGGAGGGUGACUUUUGUGGAGUACUAUGCCAUUGAUUACAACAAACAUGCCAAACUCAAAGGCUAACUUGGGCCAAAUAAACCAGGCUCUCACUCUCUGGCGCGUGCAGUGUCAGAUUGAGUGCCGGGUAGUCACGUGACACCCGACGCUCCUACACAGAGCGUGAGGGGGAGACAGUCCCCCUCUCAGCGUACAUUGUGUGUGGUUCCUUUAUGGCCUCUGCCUGGGGGAACAGGGGGUGCAGACUGAGGCUGGCAAGUGAUUUUUGCUCCCCUCUCGACCAGCCCAUUUGGCUGGGCCGCAAGUAAAUUAAUUGUGGGCCGCCCGUUUGACAUGCUUGGAUUACAAUGUUGACUGUUUAAAGAAGGAUCAUAUUUUAGAGACUCCUUAUUAUGUCCUUAUUGAUUUCAAAUAGGGCAAGUGUAGGGGUGAAGGCUGUCUCUAUACUUGCAGUAUUUUUCUCCCAGCCAAUGCUGCUGCUACAGAGAGGAUCUGUUUGUGCAAUAUAAUGGAUAGAGAAUAGUGACCAAGAAUUGCUAGUGUAGAUGUGUGAUUUAAAACUGGCACAGUUGGGGAAACCAGGUAUAUCAGAUAUUUUGAUUAAUAGGCAGUUCUAAUGGCAAUUGUACAGAUCUGCACUGUCACAUGAAUUCAUUAUAAAUAAUCUGCUAGGUGUAUAGCAGGCAUAGACAAUUACCUUGACAAUCUUUCUUAAUAUGAAACAAAGUGACAUGCCAUCUGUAAAUUAUUGCAGUCUGGUAUAUAUCUAGUUAGAUUAUAUAACAGUAAAAUCAUAAAUAUAUUUUAAAAAUAAAUAAAUAAAUAAAUAAAUAAAUAAAUAAUAGAGGCAGUCUCAUGCAUGUCAGCUUAUCUACAUAAUUUCAACCACUUAUACAUGGAGGUAAUGAGGAGUGAAAAUGGAUUAAGUUAAGUGGGGAAGAAAGUUGCAAGCUCAAUGAGAUGUCAGUAUAUAGCAAUGUUGGUCGAAAUAGCAAUCUAUGGCAUGUCUAGUUUAACCUCCUUGGCUAUAUGCAUGCGAGCUAAGGAGAUUUGGGUCACCACGAGGCUUGGGCUGGCAGAUUUGUUAAACCAAGAGCUGCCCUUUAAUUUGCUGUUAGUACUCAGAAUCCUUCUUGGAUGACAUGUGAUUGUUUUCAUAAUAUGUGUAAGAGGAAAUCACACUUUUAUCUGAUACACUUCCAAAGUAAUAAUCUGGAUUUGUUCCAGUGGAAUGCUGAGAUAAAACAUGUUGAGCUAUCAAAACAUAUUAAGAGUGGUAAGGAUAAUUGUCACAAUGCAUUUUAUGUGCAUGAGUAGCAAAAAUUACAAGUCCAUGCUGAUCAAGAAUGCAUAUGAGGGUGGAGCGGUGGUGGUUUUAGAUUCUGUGAAAUAUAAACUUGAAACGUUGACACAAUUGAAGGAUCAUGACACUUAUGUUAAGUUAAAUAUGUUUAAACGUGAAUUGUCAUGUUUAAUAGAUAAGGGUAUUUAAAAAAAAAAAAAAAGACUUUCAUCCGCUGCUGAGUUUAUCUUAAAUAAUCAUCCAGUAACCUUUCUCUUUCACCAUCUACCAAAGGUUUCAUAAGACACUUGUAGACUCAUCUAGGUAUAAUGUGGCUUGAGAUGGUUCCCUUGGUAAAAACCUCUCAGAGUGGGUUGAUUCAUAUUUGCACACUUGGUUGGCGCGUUACCUAAUAAUGCAAGAUAUUAAGCAUGAGCUGCACAAACAAGAGUUUAAAUGGGAGUUUGAGUGUUUUUGGCUGGCCGUGAAUGUGACUUUUCUCUACUCAAGCAUUCCAAAUGAGCUUCAUCUAGUAACUGGUAUUAUUAUUAUUAUUAUUAUUAUUAUUAUUAUUAUUAUUAUUCAUUUAUUUAUUUAUUUUUAAGAGUUUAUACAUUUUCUUGUAUUUAAUGUUUGCUAAUUCAUAAUGUGACAGAGCUCAAGGCAUUGUUGUGGGUGGUGUCAAUUUUCCUCCAAAAGUAUUGCAAUGUAUGGUCUAUUAGCCCAGAAAUAAUUUUGUUUUAGUCAUGGCAAUUCUGUUAUUUAUAUUGGUUCCUGGAGUGGAACAUUUGGAGUGAAGUCAGGGCUAGUGCUCCACUCCACAGUUUGCAUAUUGAUGAAUCCAGUCCAGGAGUUCUGGAUCACCAAGGUAGUUGUUCACCUGUUAGCAAUAAGCAGCACAAGGCUGCAUUGCAUUUUCCUGUCAGAGAUUCAAGGGAGAAGGAGGAGCAGUGAGUGAGAAAGAAUUAUCUCUCCACAACAACUUGCUGAUAAAUUUUUAUUCUGAAGAAGAAAAUAAAAAGUUAUGUUUGAAAAAGGUCUGUGCUUAAUUUUCUGUUUUUUUUUUUUUUUUUUUUUUUUUUUUUUUGGUAGCGGGUAAGCCACCCAACUAUAGUUAGUAGCAAGUGCUAGUGUUUAGAAAAGCAAGACUUUUUUUUUUUUUUAUUAUUUAAAUUGUUUAUUUGCCAGACUUAUUAAUAAAAAAAAUAAAAAUAAAAAAAUAAUGCAAUUUUAUAGAGAAAAACUCUAUAAUUGAAGUACAGACUCACCAGCUAGAACUAAAAUCAAAACAUUCUGGGUGGUCUUAAAAUCCCUAAAAUUACUGAAACAUAGAAACAUAGAAUGUGACGGCAGAUAAGAACCAUUCGGCCCAUCUAGUCUGCCCAAUUUUCUAAAUACUUUCAUUAGUCCAUAGUCUUAUCUUAUAGUUAGGAUAGCCUUAUGCCUAUCCCACGCAUGCUUAAACUCUUUUACUUUGUUAACCUCUACCACUUCAGCUGGAAGGCUAUUCCAUGCAUCCACUACCCUCUCAGUAAAGUAAUACUUCCUGAUAUUAUUUUUAAACCUUUGUCCCUCUAAUUUAAGACUAUGUCCUCUUGUUGUGGUAGUUUUUCUUCUUUUAAAUAUAGUCUCCUCCUUUACUGUGUUGAUUCCUUUAUAUAUUUAAAUGUUUCUAUCAUAUCCCCCCUGUCUCGUCUUUCCUCCAAGCUAUACAUGUUAAGAUCCUUUAACCUUUCCCGGUAAGUUUUAUCCCGAAAUCCAUGAACCAGUUUAGUAGCCCUUCUCUAAACCCUCUCUAAGGUAUCAAUAUCCAUCUGAAGAUACGGUCUCCAGUACUGUUUACAAUACUCCAAGUAAGGUCUCACCAGUGUUCUGUACAAUGGCAUGAGCACUUCCCUCUUUCUACUGCUAAUACCUCUCCCUAUACAACCAAGCAUUCUGCUAGCAUUUCCUGCUGCUCUAUUACAUUGUCUUAGGCAGAAAAAAUGGGCACAACAUUCACUAACUUCCAAUCUUCUGGGACUACUCCUGUUAACAAUGAUUGGUUAAAUAAAUCUGUUAAUGGUUUUGCUAGUACACCACUAAGCUCUUUUAAUAGCUUUGGGUGUAUUCCAUCAGGUCCCAUUGACUUAUUUGUCUUUACUUUUGACAGUUGAAAUAGAACCUCUUCCUCUGUAAACUCACGUGUAAUACAUGACUCAUUUAUCCUUUUUCUCAACUGAGGUCCCUUUCCUUAAUUUUCAUCUGUAAAUACAGAACAAAAAUAUUCAUUGAGGCAGUCAGCUAGACCUCUAUCCUUUUCUACAUACCUUCCCUCUUUUGUUUUUAAUCUAACUAAUCCUUGUUUUACUUUUCUUUUCUCAUUUAUGUAUCUAAAAAAAAAUGUUUUAUCCCCCUUUUUUAUUGACUGUGCUAUUUUCUCUUCUGUGUGUGAUUUGGAAGCUGUUAUAACUUGCUUAGCCUCUUUCUGCCUAAUCUUAUAGAUCAUUUUGUCUUCCUCACUCUGUUUUUUUUUUUAUAAUUCCUAAAUGCUAACUUUUUGUUUUUAACUAUUUUGGCCACAUCUGCAGGGUACCACAGUGGUUUCUUGAAUUUUUUGCUUUUACUGACAAGCCUAAUGCAAUGUUAUGUUGCCUUCAAUAGUGCAACGUUUAAAUAAUCCCAUUUCUCUUGGACUACAUUUAAAUUGCUCCAGUCUGAUAAUGACUCCUCUACCCAUAUUCUAAUUUUAGAAAAGUCUAUUUAUCUAAUGUCUAAAACUUUUGUUUUUGUGUGGUGUGACUCAGUCACUGUUCUUAUAUUAAACCACACUGACUGAUGAUCACUGGAUCCUAAACUUUCACCUACAGUAAUAUCUGAUACCAAAUCUCCAUUUGUUAACACUAAAUCUAGUAUGGCUUAUUAAAGUCACUCCAUGAUGAUAACUUCCCCCUUCAUUGUCAUUUUAGCUAUUUCCUCAACUAGUAGAUUAUCUAACUCUUCAAUUUGUCCUGGGGGCCUAUAAAUCACACCUACACGAGUUACUGUGUGAUUACCAAAUUCUAGCGUAGCCCAAACAGACUCUAUGUUUGCCUCACUAACUUUUAUUAGGCUAGAUUUUAUGCUAUCCUUCACAUACAAGGCCACCCCUCCCCCUUUCUUGCCUUCCCUAUCUUUCCUAUAUAAAGAGUACCCUGGUAUUGCUAUGUCCCAGUCAUUUUUCUCAUUGUACCAUGUCUCAGUAACAGCGACUAAAUCUACACUAUCAGUUGCCAUUAUUGCCACAAGUUCAUGGAUCUUAUUCCCUAAACUGCGAGCAUUUGUAGACAUGACUCUAAGCUUAUCAUUUUUUAACACACUUGCUACAGGCACCUUCUGUCCUUGUUUUGGGGGACAAUUGGAUUGAUGUUUUAUCACCCUUUUGCCCCCCCCUCCUAGUUUAAAUACAUCCUAGCAAAACCUCUGAACUGCUCACUGAGAACAUUUGUUCCCUUUUGAGAAAGAUGCAAACCAUCUUUUUUGUACAGCUUAUCUCCAUUCCAAACAGAGCUACCAUGAGAAAUAAAGCCAAAUCCUUGCUCCCGACACCAUUCACCAAGCCACAAAUUAAAGUCCCUAAUACGCAUCCGCCUGUCGUUCUGAGUGUUAUGCACAGGCAGAACUUCAGAGAAUGACAGUGUGGAAGCAACCUGCCGUAUAUCAUUGGCAAAAACACUAAAAACUUCCUUAACCUCUGAAACCUCAUUGCAAGCUAAGUCAUUUGUCCCUUGAUGGACAAGUACAUCCAAUUCCCCUUCCUGCUUUGCUUGCUUAACAAUAUUACAGAUACGUCUCCUGUCUCUGUGAGCAGUAGCUCCGGGAAGACACCUCACAAGACCACCAUCGUCCAUCUCCACACCUCUUAUAAUGGAAUCCCCCAACAACAACUGCUUUCUAUUAGGCCUCACCAUAGUCUCCAAGCCUGUCUCCACAACACCACUAGUCUCAUUGCCUCUCUCCACAACACCACUAGUCCCAGUGCCUCUCUCCACAACACCACUAGCCUCAGUGCCUCUCUCCACAACACCACUAGCCUCAGUGCCUCUCUCCACAAUACCACUAGCCUCAGUGCCUCUCUCCACAAUACCACUAGUCUUAGUGCCUCUCUCCACAACACCACUAGCCUCAGUGCCUCUCUCCACAACACCAUCACACUCUGAAAGUGCAGAAAAUGAAUUAUAAAGAGCAACAGACUGUGCAAACAGAUCGUUUAAAUACAUAUAUUUCAUAGAUCAAGAUCAAACAAGUUAUUUCUGACCUGAAGCCUUUCAAAGUUCCAAGUACAGACUGUUAUUUUACAAAAAAAAAUCCAGGGAAUAGUUUUACCAACUCUUUCCAGGACAUUUCAGGAUUUCCCAAAUUAUUCCUAAUACGAUGUUUCACGCCACUAUAUCUCCAAUCCUAAAACCGGGAAAGGAUCCCAUAUCAAUGUCUAACUACAGACCAAUAUCUCUAAAGUAGAUGCAAAAUUUUUCCCAAAGAUCAUAGCUAACCAACUCAAGCUGAUAAUUCCACAGUAAAUCCAUAAAGAUUAGUCAGGAUUUGUCAUGGACAGAAACCCAAUAGACAACACUCAUAAAAUAAUAAAUAUCAAUUAUAACUCAGAGUUGUCUAAAACAGGAAUGACAUUUUUAGCCUUACAUGCCGAAAAGGCAUUCAACAGAGUCAGAGUCUUGCCAUAAAAUUAAUUCAAUAGUACCAAUAUUGGCUCCUUCAUAAAUUAUAUUAGAAAUUUUAUUGUUAUUAUUAUUAUUAUUAUUAUUAUUAUUAUUAUUAUUAUUAUUAUUAUUUAUUUAAUUUUAAUUUUUUUAAAGCCUAUACCAUCCAUUCAUAGUUUAAUAAUGAGGGAGUUAUUAUUUGAUACUGAAGAUUUGAACUUGCAUGUGUCACACCAUACAAAGGAUUAUCAAUGAUCUAUUUAUGCUUUGUUAGACUCUAUUGCAUACCAUGGUUGAAAUAUUGACUCUUUUAGUUGUAAUUUGUAUGUGUAUAAUCAUAUUCACUUGAUAUGUCUCUUUAAUGAAGAUAAUUGUUAUGUUUAUAUGUUCAUAAGGCAAUGCAUUUGUUUUGCAGUUUAGGUUUGUAAAACUAGUGAGAUGUGUGUUCAGUAAUAUCUUUACUGUCUAGGUGUGUGGAAGAAUAUCGGUUGGGCCCAGAUGGUAGGUCUUGUCUAAUGGUGACUGAAAUCUGUGAAGGUCACAAGUGUCUACGGUUAGAAAAUCACCAGAACAAUACACUGUUUGAGGAGAUGCUGCAUGGGUUUGACAAUAAAACCCAGAGAGUCAACCAAGGGAGAGUUUUCCAGAUGAGCUUCAGGUGA